AUGCUGGCGCCAGCCUCGGGGCCUCCGGCCAUCUCCGUGACCGGGCCGCAGACGGAGGCGGACAAGAACGUGAAGAGGCUGGGGAAUCCAGAAAACAAGGCGCUGACAGCAGCCAUCAAGAAGGCAGCGCGCCAGCGCGACUGGGACGGGGCGGCGACGCUCUUCGCCGAGGCCAAGGCCCCAGACGCGCUGCUGUACAGCGCCCUGUUCCACGCGGCGGACCUGUGUGGCCGGCCCGGGGAGGCCUUCGCGCGCUACGAGGACGUGCGGAGGCUGGGUCUUCCACGGAACUGGGUGAUGAUCACCCCUCUUAUCAAGCUGGCCGGUAGGCAGGGCGACCUCGACCGCGCCCGAGGCCUGGUCGAGGAGAUGCGCGAGGCGGGACAUCGCCCCGACGAGUUUGUGUGCGCCGUGCUCGUGGAGGCGCACAAGCGGGUGCGGGACGUGCGGGGCGCUUUACAGGUGUACACCGACAUGCGCGAGGAAGGCAUCCUGGUGAGCGCCCUCUUGUUGUCAGCCGUCAUGUCCGCGGUGGCCUCCGGUGGCGACGUAACGCAGACGGAGGCACUUCUGCAGGAUGCGAGAGGCCAGUUCGAGCCGAAUGUAGUUCACUUCAACUGCGUGCUACAGGCGUGCAAGAGGGCGGGCGACGCGGACGCAGCCCUGCGCGUGCUCCGCCAGGACAUGCCCCGGGCGGGCGCGAAGCCCGACACCAUCUCCUACACCUCCGUGCUCGCCGCCCUGCGGCGUGCCGGCCGCCCCCCCGCCGACGUCGACGGCGUGGUCGGGGAGAUGCGGGCCGCGGGCGUGCCUCCCGACGACGUCUUCCUGGAGGAGCAGCUGGCGUGCAUCCUGCCCCCCGGCGCCCAGGAACGUCACCGAGCGGGCUCUCUCGUGUACCCCUCCCUGGAGGCGGAUGCGCUGGAGAGCGCGCCGCGCAGCACGCUGGAGGCGCUGGCCUCCGCAAUCCGCAACGCACGCGAGGCGGGCAUCGAGCCUGGCGCCGCGGCUGCGGACCUGGAGGCGCGGCUGGCGGCUUCGCUCGGCGCUGGCGAGGAUGCCGGUGCCACGGCAGACUGGGUGCGAGUGGUCGCGGCCGGCGAGGGCGGCGCUGGCGCCCCCCCGAGGAGUACUACUGGGACCGCGCCUCGGGCAGGACGCAGUGGCAGCCGCCCCCGGGGCCGGUCGCAGGGACCGUGCUCGCCGGCAGCUCCGGGGCGACGUAGAGGCGCUCCGCUUCGGCUGCUCGUCGGCGAGCGAGGGGGGGAAACUCGACGAACCAUUCUUUGGGAAGAAUCGGGAAAAACGAAACCGGUGACAAAAACGGCCUUGUCGUUGCCAGGGCCCGCUGAGAGGCUCUGGCACGCCCGCUUGGCGCGCCCGGCGAAAAAGCUCGCGAGCCGAGGCCGUUGGCAGCUCGAGGGCGCUGGGCCUGACCUUGA